GGUGCGCUGUGUCCCUCGGACACAGCGGAUCACCGAUCCAUGGAAAGAGCCGAAGAUGUUGGCUCGGUCAUGUGAUCAGCUGUGUCUAAUCACAGCUGAUCACAUCAGCGCCACCUGUCAGUGUCCAUCAGUGCCAGCUCUCAGUGCUCAUCUAUGCCACCUACCAGUGUCCAUCAGUGCCACAUUUCAGUGCCCAUUAGUGCCACAUCAAUGCCACAUAUCAGUGCGCAUCUGAGCUGCCUUUCAGUGUCACCCAUCAGUGCCAGUCAGUGUCACCUAUCAAUGCCAGUCAGUGCCACCUAUCAGUGCUGCCAAUCAGUUCCGCCUAUCAGUGCCAGUCAGUGCCGCAUAUCAGUGCCAGUCAGUGCCUCCUAUCAGUGUGCUUCAAUGCCGCCUCUCAGUGCCCCCAGUGCUGCAUAUCAGUGCCGUCUAACAGUGCUAGUCAGUGCUGCC